GUGUGUGUUGCAGGGCUUCCUGUGGGGCUCGUUUCACCUGCAGCAGGAGGAAGUGGAUCUCUACAGCCUCAAAGAAUGCAGUGGGGCAGAGGCGGUCCUCAGCGUGCGGCUGAAGUUUCCCAUCAUGCACCGGGACAGCCCAGGUCAGGUGGUGCAGCUGAGGUUCGACAGCGAACACCUGAGCAAACUGCAGGAGGCGAUGGGGCGGGUCUUCAUGAGAGUGAAGUGUUCCUCAGAUGGUACGGUCCAGGUCUCCCCCCCCGCUGACAAGCACAAUAGAAGGUCCUACAUCAGGAAGAAAACAGAGAGCAAGCUGAAAGUCCUCCCCAUGUCCUCCCCAAGUAGUGAGGAGGACUCACCUGUUCCGAAGGUGAAUCAGGGAGAGCUUCUGUUCGAUCAGAUCUUUCACUCCUCCCCCACACACUCCUCAGGGUUACCUGAGGGGGCGGAGCUACAAACGUCUCAGGUGCAGAAAGACAUGUUUGGAGGAGACCUCUCUUUCAUUCCAAAGGAAGGGUUCGGUUCUGGCAGGAAGAGGUCCGCUCUAGACUCAGGUUACCUGUCAGACCAAACUGAGGGCCCGCUGGACAAAACCAGGAGGGAGGAGCCUGUGUCAGAGGGGGAAGCACCUGAGGGGGAGGAGCCAGAGCCCGAGGGGGAGGAGCCAGAGGGGGAGGAGCCAGAGCCAGAGGGGGAGGAGCCAGAGGGGGAGGAGCCAGAGGGGGAGGGGCCUAACAGCCUGCAGACAGAGUCCUCACCUGAGGGGGCGGGGCCUGUGGGGGGGGCGGAGCCAGGGUCUCACCUGACGUCCGAUAUCACCGCUGCCUUCAACACCUUUAAUUCUCAGCUGGAUCACUACUUCACCGGCUGCUGGAAGAACGUGGAGACAGAAAUACUCCAGUCGUUAACAACAUGUCAACAACACGUCUCCUCCCUGCUGACAGCUGUCCAUCAACACAGGUUGGUGUUGCUCCACAGGUUUCAGAGCAGUGUCACUGAUCAGCUGAAGAGUCUCCAUGAUGAUUCAAACCGUCUGACUUCCAUCAACACACAGACCCUGAACUUCUUCCAGACUGAGAUGCAGCAGCUGGGCUCGUUCUGUGAGGAGUACCUGACCAGGUUAAGGUCAUUGGGCGAGGGUGAGUCGGGGGCGGGGCAUCCAUCCAGCCAAUGAGGGAGAAUGAGGGCUCGUCCAAUCAGGAGACUCCCUGAGGUUUAAUUUGUUAAGAUCCUGACCCUGUGGUUCAGGACUUCAUUCAGAUUCAGUUCUGAUGUCCUUUUGUUUACCUUAAAGAACCGGUUCCAGACUGGUUCUGUCUCUUUGUUUUAGCCUCGGAGCUUCAAUAAAUCCUGGUUCUGUAAAACGAGUCCACGAGUCUUUCAUUAAAACUGUCCCUCACACCUGUAGACCUGAAACUGGACCUGAAGAGACCUGGUCCUCUGAGACCGGAGAACAUUCAUAUAAAGAGCUUCUGGUCUCUUGAGGUUCUGGUUCUUUAAUACAAAGAGCUUCUG